AUUUUGGGUCUACUUUUGUAUUGAAUAUUAAUAUUAUAAAUAGUACUCUCUGUAUCUGUUUUCUCCAGAGAUUGAGUUUCAGUUUCUGGGUUAUAGGUGAAUGUUGCUGCAUGCAAGCUAAUGGAUUCUGACUGAUUCUUCCAUUUCUCAGUUUACUGGUGUGAUUUUCUCCACCAUUGAUCUGUUUCUCCUUUCCCCUUUUUUUAUAUGUUGCCAUUUCUCUGAAUCUUGUUGCAUGGCUUUUAUGAUUCUUUUUCGUUUUUGCUCUUUUCUGUUUUGUGUGGGGUUCUCGUAGAACAAAUGUGAAUCAUUGGGCUUUGAACAUUUUCAAGAUUAGAACUUUUCUUCUUUUCUGUGGUUAAUAAAAUAAAGGGGUUUGAAAUUGAUUUCUGGAAUGGCUGAUGUUGCUAGUUGUGAAUCACAGGGCCUUGCACCUUUUCAAGAUUAGGACUUUAGUUUUCUGUGUGGUGAAUAAAAGGGUUUUCUGGAUUGGUUGAUUGGGUUUUGUGCAUUUCAAGAUUAGGACUUUAGUUUUUGGUGUGGUGGAAUUAAGGGUUUGGGAGCUGAUAUCUGUAUUGGUUUGAUUGAUCAGUUGAUAACGUGGGCUUAUAGAUAGUGGUGAAUGGGAUCUCAGGGAGGUGAAGCAAAGGCAAAUGCUUUGGCUAGGGAAGGAUCACUCUACAGCCUCACUCUUGAUGAAGUUCGGAAUCAAUUGGGGAAUUGUGGGAAACCACUCAAUAGCAUGAAUCUCGAUGAGUUUAUUAAAACUGUAUGGACUAUUGAGGCUAAUCAAGAAGUGGUUGGGGGAAAUGAUUAUGGGGCAGUGCAGCACGGGGCUUCUCAGCAUCGUCCAUCGAGCAUUACAAUGUCCAGGGAUCUCAGCAAGAAGACUGUCGAUGAGGUGUGGCAAGAUAUUCAGCAGGGGGUAAAAGUAGAUAAUGUUGGUAAGAGAAGCCAGGAGAGGCAACUUACUUUAGGUGAGAUAACUCUGGAGGAUUUCUUGGUUAAGGCUGGAGUGAUUGCAGAGUCGACCCAAGGCAAGAGAAUUUCGGGUUUAGUAUUAGGGGUUGAUUCAAUGUCAUUGACACAGCAAGCUCAGUGGCCACACUAUCAAAUCCCCGCAAUGCAGCAGGUACCAGAACAGCAGAAUGUACUACCAGUCUUUAUGCCAGGCCAUCCAAUUCAACAGCCUUUACCUGUUGUUGCUAACCCAAUUACGGAUGCAACUUAUCCUGAAACUCAGGUGGCAAUGUCUCCAGCACAUAUAAUGGGAACAUUAUCAGACACACAAACAGCUGGAAGAAAGCGAGUAGCUCCAGAUGGUGUGGCUGAAAAUAGUGUAGAAAGGAGGCAGAAGAGGAUGAUUAAAAAUAGGGAAUCCGCAGCUCGGUCACGAGCAAGAAAGCAGGCUUACACCCAUGAACUAGAGAACAAGGUUUCAUGGCUUGAAGAGGAGAAUGAAAGACUUAAGAGACAGAAGGAGAUCGAUAGUAUUUUACCAAGUGUUCCACCUCCAGAGCCUAAGUAUCAGCUCCGCAGAACAAGUUCAGGUCCUAUCUGAAUGGUGUUUUUUAAUGUCAUUGAAAAUUUCACCAGCUAGUAGUGCUUCUUUCUCAACAUCCUUGUUCAGGAGAAUGCCUUCGUAACUUCUUCGAGUGAUUCCCAGUGGAUGUCUACUCCCCCCGGAUAGUAGUAUAACCCUGUAUGUAACGCUAAUAGUUUGGACAUUGAGAACAUGGUUUUGGUAGUUUUUUUUCAUAGUUAGCGAUGUGUCUAGAAUAUGAGGACAUAUAUAGUUGAGAGUCAUCAUUUAGUAGAUACAAAGGCCACAAAACAGCCUGAACUCAGUCUCUGUUUUAGAAUCAAGUGACUCAUUUUCUUCUCUCCCCAUUUCUUC